AUGGAACGGAUGACGCUGGCGCGCUAUUUCCCGCUGAGCUGGAAACGGCAGCAACCCUUAUGGGGCUCGGCCUCCACGGGCAAGUUCCAGGUGCGGCCUGCUGGUGUGAAGGAAGGCUCCCAUGUCCGUGCCAAUGAGUGCCCAUAUGCAGCUCUUCAUGGCAUGUCCCUCUCAGCGGGUGGCUUCGCUGAUCAGCGGAACUCGGAUCGGAAGGCCGGUGGUCUUGAGCAUUGGGUCGAACGCCUCAAUGAUAUCCUCGGGCCCCACACGAUGCUGGAGAUCGUGGACAUAAACGCGGAGGGCAGUGACCCGGAGAACAGCGGUCUGAUGCUGCGCUGCCGCUGCCCUGAGUUGGCGCCCGGCCUGGUGCGCUUCCUCACGCAGUUGCGUCUGCGGCUGCUGGAGUGUUUGGGAGGACCUGAGGCGAUCGACUUUCUGGUCUUGUGCAUGAGCGAUCAAGAAGGCUCCUUCGUGGUGAUUUUUGCGCCCACCCCGCAGCUGAUGCAGCUGCAGGAGGGUCAUGCCGAUUUAGUGCCCUGGGCAAAUCCGCUCACAGGCGAAUCCUCGGAGAUCGCAGGGAUCGAGGAAAGCCGGUUGGACUUUGGGAAAGGCGUGGGGCACUUCCUGGUGCUGAAAGAAGAGCUGCGAAAGCAACUCUUGGACAAAGGGGAGGACACACUGCGGCGAAUUUGGGCCUUCAAUCGAGUCCCUGGUUCACGAAAGGUCAUUGAAGACUUCAUUGUGCAGCAGAAUAUUUUGGAAACCUGA